AUGAAUAAGUUAAAUCACAACGGCUUAUUGGUAUUGGAACAACCUUUUAUAAAGGUUCCUUUAGAGCAACUUAAAAAGACCGCAAAAGGUUCUCACAAGGAACUUGAUAGAGAGUUUGCAAAAGCUAGUUUGACGGUCAGUGAAUUAGCGAACAAGUCGAAUCAAGAACAAAUUCUUGUAUCGGACGCGAAUUUUGCGCUUGAAGGAAUGGUUGGAAGAUUACAAAGUCUAAAGCGCAAGGCAAUUCUCAACGAUGCUAAAGUUGAGGAGGCGAUGUAUGUAUCGAGGAGUAAACAACGACUUUCUCAUCUUAAUGAAUUAACUCAUAUUCAAAGUGCGAAUUCUGAGGAGUACACGAUUUGGAGCAAAGUAAGGUUAGAUCGCAUCCUUGUGGAUUACAUGUUAAGAGAAGGAUUCAGUGAAACUGCUACACACUUGGCAAACGCUGAAUCAAUUGAGGCAUUUGUUGAUGUUGAAUUGUUUUCACAAGCAAGACGUGUUGAACAAGCUUUGCAACGAUUUAGUUGUAAUGAAGCUCUUCGAUGGUGUAAUGAUAAUAAAUCAAAUUUACGCAAGAUGCAGAGUACGUUUGAAUUUAAUCUUCGCCUUCAAGAAUUUAUCGAGCUAGUUCGUGCCGGUAAAAGAGGGGAAGCGAUCCUUUAUGCUAAGAAGUAUUUAAACUCCUUCCAAGAACUGCAUCUGAAGGAAAUUCAACGAGCAAUGACUCUGCUCGCGUUUCAACCUGGCACAAAAUGUCUACCUUAUAAGAAAUUAUAUGACGCGUCUCGUUGGGAUGCACUUAUUUCACAAUUUCGCGCCGAUAACUUUGCAUUGAACUCCCUAACAUCACAGCCUCUCUUAACUGUCACCCUUCAAGCUGGAUUGUCUGCACUUAAAACACCCAUGUGUUGUCAACCAGAUAAUAAAAAUAUUAAUUGUCCCGUGUGUUCUCCAGACACUUUAGGUUUAUUGGCACAAAAUCUUCCAUUAAGUCAUCACGUAAAUUCAACCAUUGUUUGUCGAUUAAGUGGAGAAAUCAUAGAUGAGGAUAAUCCUCCCAUGUCUUUACCCAAUGGAUAUGUUUAUUCACUUAAGGCGUUGCAAGAUAUGUAUAAUAAAAGUGGACAAAUAAAGUGUCCAAGGACGGAAGAUGUUUAUGAUUUUAGUCAAUUGAAGAAAGUGUAUAUUUCUUAA